CUGGGUGUUGUUUUCCAAAGCGCGUUUCCUGAAAAUGUAAACAAAGUUUUCACACAGUCGUGCCAAGUCUUCAAGCAUUUUUCGGGUUUAUAGUGAAAUUUCCGUAAAUAUUCCAAUAAACCAGUGCGCUAAAUCUUGCAAAAGAUGAAGACCGAAAGUGAGCCGCAGCAGGACACAGCCGAGCUGUGUCGGACGUGCAUGCAGCACAAGUUUCCGGCAUCGAUGCUGCCCAUCGGUACCGAUCUGGAGGAAGGCGCUCCGAUUGCUGGUGUUAUCGGGGAAUUGACCGCCGUUCAGGUGCAAGAGCGAGAUGGCUUACCGGAGAAGGUAUGUGUGGAUUGUGUAGAAGAGAUGAGGAACUUUGUUGGGUUUAUCCGCAAGGUUCGGACAUCCGAUCGGAAAUUGCGUCGGAUGUGCAAAGGAGAAAGCGCUGCUCCUGAGGUUGUUGCAGUUAAGGUGGAAAGUGAACCUUGGAAUUGCAAGGAGGAAAUGGUGGUGCAUGAGGACUUGGCCGAGGAAGUUCUCGAAGAGGUCGUUGUAGAGGAAGAAUAUCUGGAAGACGAUGUUGACUGGAAGUUGGGGGAAGAGCCCACUAAUCAGAGCAACACAACGGCCGGAAAUAGUUCUGAAAUAGAGUUUGUAGGCUUUGACGAUGCGGAGGCGAAUCCUCCUGUCGCUGUUUCAGAUUUGACAACUCGUAAGCAAAAACGGAAACGGCUGUACCAUAGGUAUAACAAAAAUCCGACGGAUUACACUGUUCUGGACGAGGUGGAACAGCAAAUAUUCAUAACGAUUGAACGGGGGCCGAACGAUCUGCUUUGCUGUGCAUGUUAUAAAAUUUUCGAGGAUGACGAAGAGUUCAAGGACCACUGUGAGGAACAUCGCAAAAAAGCCAGAUUGAAUGUUUUAAGGCCGAACGUUUGUGAAAUUUGCUCUAAGAGAUACACGACUGCUCAAGGAUUGACACUGCAUAUGAUUCAAUCACAACAAGCCAACAACGUUUACGAAUGCAUUAGAUGCAAGUCACGGUUUUUGAACUCUAAAACGCGGCGACAUCACGCCCAUAACCAUCCCCAGAAGGAGGUCAUUCAAUCGGCCGUGAUUGCACCUAUCCGGAUUCAGCCGAACCAUCGCAAAGGAAGGAUUUGUUGUGCUCAAGGUUGCGCGGAAUCGUUUGCCACCGAUGAAGAGCUCAUCGAACACGCCCAUGAAGCACAUCGACUUAACAAGAUGGCUUCAACCCUGCCGGAGUACCAGAACCGACCGUUCGAGUGUCCGGUAUGCUACAAGCGAUUCUUCGAUCAGGCUGGGUUGAUUUCCCACCAAAAGCGGAAGUACAAGAACCCGAUCCGUCAGUGUUCCAUCUGCGGAGCAAAAGUCCCGGGGGCAGCAGCUCUGGCUGCUCACGAACGGAUGCACACCGGAAUCAGACCGUUCCCGUGCGGUUCCUGCCACAAGUCCUUCGCCAGUCCCGCCCUGCUCAGAGCGCAUUCCUUGGUCCAUCAAAAGGAAAAGUCCUUCAUGUGUUCGACUUGUGGCAAGGGCUUCAAUCGGAAGGCCACCCUGCAGAAGCACGAGCUGAUCCAUGCCAACUUGUCGGUAUUUGAUUGCGACGUCUGCGGGAAACCGUUCCGGACCAAGUCUAGACUGGACUUGCACACGAGGACCCAUUCCGGGUUUAAACCGUACCCUUGCAGGUAUUGCGAUAAGGCCUUUGCCGACCACAGUAACCGCCACCGGCACGAGAUGAGUCACACGGGCAUCAAGCCGUACAAGUGUACACAGUGUGAUAAAACCUUCAUCACGAAGCGACUUCAAGCCGAACACGAGAGAUCUAACCACGCUAUUGCCACCGUUUACACAUGCAGCAUAUGUAUGGAAUCGUACACCAAUAGGGCGUCCCUUACGAAGCACAUGGCGUUGCACGACGAUGAGGAUGCUUCAGCUGUGACUCAACUGGUAGGUUAGUUUUAGAUUUGUAAGAAUCAAUACCUAAUGCAAGACGAAUGUAACCAUUGCCAACAAAGUGGUUUUUCAUCAACCGAGUUAGAGAAAGCCAUGCGAUUACCUAAAAU